CGAUUGCAAUUUCUACACCCAUCACAACUCUGCGUCGAGCGCGUACUGUUGCAUCCUGUGAGGCGGUGACGCGGGUUGAACAUCGACAACCGUAGGAGAUCUCGGGUAUCGGCAAAAUAGGAAGACGGUAAACCCUAAUUCGUUUACUGGCCCUCGUCUUCUUCCUCCGUCCUUGAAAGGAGGCGCCGGCCAUCAACGACUCAAAUCGAGGCGGGGGAGGUGGGCGGAGAGCGGGAGUUCAAUAUCGAACCACAGCGCCUGAGAGACUGAAAUCAUCUUCAGAAUCUAUUAGAAGAGUCGAAGGACGAAGCUGCAAAGUAGCUAGAGGACAGUACGAAGGAAAGAAGAGGCGAAAAUAAAAAAAAGGGUAUUUGCCGAUAAGGGCAGAUGGUGAAGGUUCGGAUGAACACGGCCGAUGUGGCCGGCGAGGUGAAGUGCCUACGCAAGCUCAUCGGAAUGCGUUGCGCCAACGUCUACGAUAUCUCUCCUAAGACUUAUCUCUUCAAGAUGAUGAAUAGCAGUGGAAUAACUGAGUCAGGGGAGAGUGAAAAGGUUUUAUUGUUGAUGGAAAGUGGUGUAAGGCUGCAUACUACUCAAUAUGUCCGGGACAAAAAUAUAACUCCAUCUGGGUUUACUCUAAAAUUACGGAGACACAUACGGACAAGAAGACUUGAAGAUGUUCGACAACUUGGAUAUGAUCGUAUUGUUCUUUUUCAGUUUGGAUUAGGAAAUAAUGCUCAUUUUGUUAUUCUGGAGCUGUAUGCCCAAGGAAAUAUUCUUCUCACGGAUUCAGAAUUUACUGUAUUGACACUUCUCCGUUCACACAGAGAUGAUGAUAAGGGGUUGGCAAUAAUGUCACGCCAUCGCUACCCAAUCGAAGCUUGUCGUGUAUUUGAAAGAACUAAUCUAAUGAAAUUGAAAUCUGCACUUGCUUGUUCUGAUCCGGCCAAUGAAAGCAAUUCCUCUGAGGCUAUUGACGUCGUACAUGACAGAUCUGAAGAUGGUGGUGAUGGUAAAAGCAUGACCAUACCUCCCUCAGCUCAGGAAACUAAUAGGAAAAAACAGCCAAACAAAACUACAUUAAAGUCCAUCCUUGGUGAGGCACUGAGCUAUGGGCCUGCACUAUCUGAGCAUAUAAUAUUGGAUGCUGGUCUUCUUCCUAAUGUGAAAGUUGGGGAAAAUACCAAUGUCAAAAUUAGUGAUGAAAAUUUUGAGAUUUUGGCUCAAGCUGUCACAAGGUUUGAGGACUGGCUUGAGGAUGUUAUAUCUGGUCCUACCAUUCCAGAGGGAUACAUUUUGAUGCAGAAUAAAGGUACUGGGAAGAAGGAGCAUGUAGUUACAUCAGAACUUAAAGUGGACAAGAUCUAUGAUGAAUUUUGUCCUCUUUUAUUGAACCAAUUUAAAUCAAGGGAAUGCAUAAAGUUUGAUGCAUUUGAUUAUGCCCUAGAUGAGUUCUACAGUAAAAUUGAAAGUCAACGCUCUGAACAACAGCGGAAAGCAAAAGAAGAAUCAGCUAUGCAAAAGCUUGAUAAGAUUCGCUUGGAUCAGGAAAACCGUGUUCAUGCUCUAAAGAAGGAAGUUGAUUACUCAAUCAGAAUGGCUGAAUUGAUCGAGUAUAACUUGGAAGAUGUGGAUGCAGCCAUAUUGGCUGUUCGUGUUGCACUUGCAAAUGGGAUGAGCUGGGAGGACCUUGCUCGUAUGGUGAAAGAAGAGAGAAAAUCAGGAAAUCCUGUAGCUGGUUUAAUUGACAAGCUUUAUCUUGAUAGAAAUUGUAUUACUUUGCUAUUAAGUAACAACCUCGAUGAAAUGGAUGAUGAUGAGAAAACUGCCCCGGUUGAGAAGGUUGAGGUUGAUUUGGCUCUUUCUGCACAUGCCAAUGCUCGUCGCUGGUAUGAAUUGAAGAAACGACAGGAAAAUAAGCAGGACAAAACUGUUAAAGCACACGAGAAGGCUUUCAAAGCUGCUGAGAAGAAAACUAAACUUCAACUUGCUCAGGAGAAGACUGUUGCGGCAAUCUCUCACAUGCGCAAAGUUCAUUGGUUUGAGAAAUUUAACUGGUUUAUUAGCAGCGAAAAUUAUUUGGUGAUAAGUGGUCGUGAUGCACAACAAAAUGAGAUGAUAGUCAAACGAUAUAUGUCUAAGGGAGACCUGUAUGUGCAUGCUGAUUUGCAUGGAGCUUCUAGUACUGUAAUCAAGAAUCACAAACCGGACAAUCCAAUACCACCUCUGACAUUAAAUCAAGCAGGAUGUUUUACUGUUUGCCAUAGCCAAGCAUGGGACUCAAAAAUUGUCACAAGUGCCUGGUGGGUUUAUCCACAUCAAGUAAGUAAGACGGCUCCCUCUGGAGAGUAUCUCACCGUAGGUAGUUUUAUGAUUCGUGGUAGGAAAAAUUUCCUUCCCCCUCACCCUCUUGUUAUGGGUUUUGGCAUUAUGUUUCGUUUGGAUGAGAGCUCCUUGGCACCACAUUUGAAUGAGAGGAGAGUUAGAGGAGAGGAGGAGGGUCUUCUUGAGAUGGAAGUAGAAUCACACAAGGAGCAGGAUAAUUCUGACUCUGAUGAGCAGGAUAUUGAUGUAGAAGAUACAAGUAAGGAAACAGAAAAUCACUUCAAUCCAAUUAGGCAUCAGCCUAAUGGGGAUACAGAUACCAUCACUGGAUUUGAUUCUUCCAUUGUUACUUUAACCACUGAGGCUACAUCUUCAAAUCCACCUGAAGUUUUUUCUCAAGAUGAAACUGGAGAAGGAAACUUCCAUGCCGGAAGGCCAUCAGAUAUAGAUGACAGAAUUGACACAUCUGGUUCUUCACAACUUGACCUUCUUAUCGACAAGGCACUUGGCCUCAAGCCCGCUAAGCUUUCAAGUAAUAACGCUGUAUCUGAUACACAUGGAUCAACGAUAGUUGAGUCUCAGACAAAUGAAAUUAAAACGAGUAUAGGCAGGGAGAAGCCUUACAUAUCUAAGGCAGAAAGAAGAAAAUUCAAGAAAGGCCAGAAGAACACUUCUGAUGCAGCAAAGGGCUCUGAUGAAAAUGAGAAUGAUACAAGUCCUGCCAAUUCACAACUAGAUGACAAUCAGAAGGUGAGGCCGGUUAAUCCAAAGAUUACUCGUGGGCAGAAGGGGAAACUUAAGAAGAUCAAGGAGAAAUAUGCAGAACAGGAUGAAGAAGAAAGGAGAAUCCGCAUGGCUUUGCUUGCAUCUUCUGGAAAAGCACCACAAAAGGAGAAGGAGCCAGAAAAACUUGUUACUUUUACUGGCAAGUUGAAUAAAUCUUUGACUGAUGAGAACAACUCAUCAUCUAAAAUAUGCUUCAAAUGCAAGAAGGCCGGUCAUCUUUCCAAGGACUGUCAGGAACAUAAUGUUGAACCUAAGAAGACAAAUGUCAAUGUCUCUGGAGACUCUGUAAAUGUACUAAAUAAAGGCAAUGGUGAGAUCGAUAUAGCUGCAACUGAGGAUGAUGACAUCCCUGAGAUAGGUGAAGAAGAGAGAGAGAAAUUGAAUGACUUAGAUUAUUUUACGGGCAAUCCACUUCCGAGUGAUAUUUUGCUUUAUGCUGUACCUGUCUGUGGACCUUACAAUGCCCUGCAAACAUACAAAUAUCGGGUCAAGAUAACCCCAGGAACUGCUAAAAAAGGCAAAGCUGCCAAAACUGCAAUGAAUUUGUUUAGUCAUACGCCAGAGGUGACAAGCCGGGAGAAGGAACUCAUGAAAGCAUGUACAGAUCCAGAAUUGUUCGCGGCAAUCAUAAGCAAUGUGAAGAUUACAGCACCAGGUUUGACUCAGCUAAAGCAGAGACAGAAGAAGGGUAAAAGAUCUGGCAAGGAUAAUUAGCAAUUAGCGGAGUUGGAAAUUUUUCCUGUGAAAAUGCUUGUUAGGUGCAGCCUUCUCUCAUCCUUUUCUAUUUCCUCUUCUGCUAAGACAACAAACAAAACCUAAAAUGUGUAGAUUCUGGUAGAUAUGGAAUUCCUCAGAUGUCUCCUCGCAGGUAAAUUGGAAAUCCUGUUUCCCUUUUGGAAAUUCAAGAGAGCAAAAUAACUCAGAACCAAAAGAAGGAAGAUAUGAAAACAAUGAAGAGUUCUCAGCAAGGAUAGUUUUGUGACUUGUCAUUACCGAUGUCGUCAAAUAUUGUUCGGUGUAUAAUUCUAAUUUAAGGGGUUUUUCUUUUUGAAAAUAAAUAAAUUAAAAUGUGUUCGACAUUUUUCUUUCAGUUAUAGCUUUCCAGUUUGGAACUCUUAAGGUAAAUGUCGUACCUUGAUUUCAAAUUCAGCUCGUUGAUCAAUUUAUUUAAAGAUGUUUGAUUCUAA